AUGUCCAAGACAGACAGCCAAAGGCCAUUUCACGUCAUCAUCGUGGGUGCUUCUAUCGCAGGCCUGACUCUCGCCCACUGCUUGUCCAGCACUAGUAUCGACUUCACUGUCCUGGAGGCAAGGUCUGAUCCAUUCUCAGAUGGCGCCGGUCUCACAAUCUCUCCCAAUGGCGCCCGUAUUCUGGAUCAGCUGGGGCUGUAUCAAGACGUGUUGGACCAGGGUGAGCGUAUGGUAUCGCACAGCACUUGGAUCGAAAACGGGCAUCUGCUGCGACGAGUUGAUACCCGACAGAUUCGGUCUGUUAGACGAACACAUUAUCCUCUCAUCAUUAUCUCACGACGGGCACUCCUAGGUAUUCUCUAUACACGUUUCCAGAGGAGGAGUUGCUUGUCCUUUGGCAGAAGAGUGUGCCGAAUCGAACCCUCCGCAAAGGAGGUCACGGUUUGCAGCGCGGACGGUUCGAGUGUCUCGGGUGAUUUGGUGGUUGGUGCCGACGGAGUGUAUAGCACAGUACGUACGCAGAUGUGGCAUCAUAUCAACAAUGUCGAUAACGCUUUCGUUGGCCUUUAUCGGCUGUCGGAGGUCCCCUUGACUGAUUCCUUCGCUGGUGUAUUUGGUACCUCCCAGUCCAUGCCGAGCCUGGAGAGAGGAAGCGUCCACCGCACAUACGGGCAUGGUUGGUCAACAAUCAUAAUGAUCGGGAAAGACUCCAAAGUCUUCUGGUUCAUUUCGAUUGCACGUGCAGGGGCAAGCCAGGCAAUGCCGCAUCGUAGCUCCGAUAGGGCCUGCUUGGCCCGUGUCGUCGAACCUCUCCUCGAGAAGCACAUCGCCUGCAAUGUCAAGUUUGGCGAAAUCUUCGAUCGCACCGAAUCAUGCAUGCUUGUUCCGCUUGAAGAGUCAUUACAAACCCGGUGGUCCUGGGGGCGGUUCGUAGGCAUAGGAGACGCGGUGCACAAGGCAAGCAUGACGCCGAACUUAGCAGAAGGGGCAAAUUGCGCUAUUGAAUCCGCCGCAUCGCUUGCGAAUUAUCUAUCUGCUUUCGCCAGGGGGUCUACGUCUUCAUCCACGCAAGAAAGACUUGAUUUGACCCUAAAGAUAUGGGAAGACUCACGGAAGCGCAGAAUAAAGUCCCUCUUCAUCGUGUCUCAGUGUGCCGCCCGCAUAGAAGCUACGACCAGCUGGGUGCUUAUGCUACUUCAGACGUUCGUGGGGUUAAUGCAUGAAACGGGGAUUGGCUUGCUCACGGAUAUUACCUCUCGCACGGCACGGGUAGACUACCUUCCUUUACCACGCCGCAGGGAUGCGGAACACGAUCCGGGAAACAAGGAAGAGCCUAGAGGGAACAUGCAACUGUCCACAUUGCCCCUGACAGCAACUGUAAGCUUGAUGCUCUAUGUUCUGCAUGCCUUGGGGAUGUAGAGUGAAUCGACUCGGUCGGUCGGUCUAGCCUAGUCGUUCCAAGGAAUGAAUGAUAGGUAAUUAUUACCUGCGUGGUUUCUUUCCAUCGGCCGAGUAAUUGAACCUGGGAUAUCCAUAGGC